GGGGGCUGCGAGCAGCCGGGGGAGCCGCGGGCGCCUCUGGACUGGCUCCACACCGGCUGCCGGCACCGGGCCCGCUCCCUGCCGGCCUCCCCGCUCACGGGGCACACCCGGGGCACACCCGGGCCUCGCCGGGGCUGCAGCAGAUGGGGCAAACCUCCCAGCCCGGGGUGGCUGCUGCGGUGGGAGCGGGAGCGCCAGCCCCGCUGUCCCGGCGUGGCACGGUGGGGUUUGGCAGCACCGGGGUCUCCAAGCCCACACUCUGCGAGGGACGGGGUGUCUGUCCGUUCGUGGGGUGAGCAGCUCCUCCUCUCCCCACGCGUGUGUCCGGAGGGAUGUCCCGGAGCUCUGCCACCGCCAAGCGCGGCCGAGCCGCCGGCAAACCCAAGCACCGCGGGGUCCCGGUGUGGGGGUGCUGUGGGACAGGCUCCCGCUCUUCAGCCUCUUCCUCCUCAUCGCGGGCUGGGCAGGGAGGCGGCCGGGGCACGGCCUCGGGGGUGGCAUCGGCCUCGGAGGAGGAGGAAGAGGAGGAAGAAGGCGGGUGGGGCCGCGGCGCCGGGACUCGGCGGCUCCGCUCGGACGCGCCAUGGGCGGCCCCGAGGGGGCGGCGGGGACCGAGACCCCGGAGGGGAGCGGGGAUCCCCCGGAGGGGAGCGGGGAUCUCCCGAAGAGCAGCGGGGAUCCCCCGGCGCUGCCCCGGGACUGCGAACUGUCCGGCAAGGUGAUGUUGCUUGGAGACUCGGGCGUGGGGAAAACCUGCUUCCUGCUCCAGUUCAAAGACGGGGCCUUUCUCUCCGGGACGUUCAUAGCCACCGUGGGCAUAGACUUCAGGAACAAAGUGGUGGCUGUGGAUGGUGUGAAGGUGAAGUUGCAGGGCUGGGAGCCACAGCAGCAGCUCGGGGAGGCUGCUCUCCCUGCUCUCACCAGGGCAGUCUCUCGGCAGAUUUGGGACACUGCAGGGCAGGAGCGUUUCCGCAGCGUCACCCAUGCCUACUACCGGGAUGCCCAAGCCUUGCUCCUGCUCUACGAUAUCACCAGCAAGAUGUCCUUUGACAACAUCCGCGCCUGGCUGACGGAGAUCCACGAGUACGCCCAGAAGGACGUGGUCAUCAUGCUGCUGGGCAAUAAGGCUGAUGUGAGCAGCGAGAGGGCUGUGAGGACAGAGGAUGGAGCAUCACUGGCCAGGGAGUAUGGAGUGCCUUUCAUGGAGACGAGUGCCAAGACUGGCAUGAACGUGGAGCUGGCCUUCCUGGCCAUUGCCAAGGAGCUGAAGCAGCGCGCGGUGCAGCCCCUGGAUGAGCCCCGCUUCCAGAUCCAUGAUUACAUCGAGUCACAGAAGAAGAAAUCCAGCUGCUGUGCCUUCUCCUGAGGGUGGCCCAGAGGAGCUGGCAGGCCUGGGGGCCCAGGCAGGAGGCAGAGCGGGGCCCAAUCCUGCCCUCAAGCACUGGAGGGAACCAAGCCCUGACAAGCCAAGGUGGAUGGGACAGCACAGUGGAGCAGAGUGCAUGAGGAGGGCUCUUGCCCUGGUGCCAGGAUUCAGAUCCUCCUCUCUGCAGAGCAGUGACCUGUGUGCCACCGUGGGAAUCACUGUGGUGUGGGGACUGCCAGCCUGGCCACUGAACAAUGGUGAUCCAUCACCUCCAUCACAUGAGCAGGGUGCAGGACACAGCCACACACCUCACUGAGGGACCCCUGGAGCGGCUCAAGGGGCUGUGCCAUGGAUGAGCCCCCUUGCAGCCCCCAGUCCUGUCCUCCCCUGCAGCUAUUCCUGCUCACAGCGCUGCUUUUGUCCAACUGGAAGGGUCUGGUCCAGCCCCCGUGCCCCUGGUGCUGCCAGGCUCUGGCUCCCCUCCAAGGAACCUCAGCUGUGCCCCCUCAGGCUGCCCCACACCCCAAUGCCUGUGGCUCUUCACUCCUGUAGUUGUUGCCAAUGGCUUUUAUCCUCCUGCCACCACAAAGGGAGUGAUGUCCUCACUGAAUCCUGGCUCUGCUCAGGGGAAGGGCUGGGAUGGGGAAGGGUCCAGCCAAACCUGCUCCCUGCCCACACAGCUGGUGUGAGAAGUAAAAUUCCCCUGGCAGCAUCUGAGCAAUGCUUGGGGCACUUCUGGUACACACAGCAAUUUGGAAACACUUUGCUUCCUCCAUGUUGUAGCCACAGAAAUUAGAGAAUUAAUUUUUUUUUUUUAACAAGAAAAGGCUUUUUUGUUUCAACACCUCCAGACGAAACCAUCUCCAGCCUCAUGCAGGAGAUGCCCAUGGUGGCACCACCUGGGGUGAUACCCCAGCCCUGCCACCUCCCAGGCCAGGCUGGGUUUCUCUCCCAUCACUGCCCAUGUAGUACAACCAUGCCUUCCUGCUGCUGGCAAAUAGCAGCUGGAACCCACUCUCUGGUGACCAGAGCUUUCAGCCAGCCACCACUGCUCCGCUGGGCACUGGGAGGGCUCAGGGACACCCCCGGUGCUCAGCCCAGCUCUGUUGCUCCCUUGAGCACACUGUCCACUCCCCUGAGCACUACCCAGAGCAGUCAGAUGGUGAAUAUUCAGUUGUGUAGCUGAAGCACUGAUGCAGAGAGCAGCUGUGGAGGGUAUGGCACUGCUGCACGUAGGAGCCAGGGACUGUCCAGCACAUCUGUCCCCAUCUGUGUCUUCCCUGGCCCUGCGCCUGACCGCUCGUGUCUCACCUGCCCCUGUGCCUCCUUCACCUUUGCUCUGUCCCUGGGUCUCUCUUUGCAAGUUUACAGAUUAAAGCUGAGUAUUUUUGAG